CAAGGACAAUUAUACUCUCUCUGUUUAUGUUCAAAACCGACACACACAGAAACCCACACUCUUAUAAUUCUCUCACUUUCAGACCGUAACGCUCAGAUCUGUCUCAGACUAACUAGCCCCAAAUCAGUCCACCAUUUUUCUUUUGUAGUCACAAGUAAUGGCGGCAGUGGAAGCUCCAAAUAUUCUUGUUGGAGAAACAACUUGUAAUUCUUUGCUGCAGCAGUUGCAGCGUAUCUGGGAUGAGGUUGGUGAAAGUGAUAAGGAAAGGGACAAGAUGCUUCUUCAGUUAGAACAAGAGUGCUUGGAUGUAUACAAAAGAAAGGUCGACUUGGCUGCAAAGUCAAGGGCGAAGCUACUCCAGGCACUGGCAAAUGCCAGAGUUGAGCUAACAAGUCUCCUGGCAGCACUUGGAGAGAAGACUUUUGUUGGAAUUUCUGACAAGACCUCAGGGACAAUCAAGGAACAACUUUCAGCAAUAGCACCUGCACUAGAACAACUCUGGAAACAAAAAGAUAAGAGAAUUAAAGAGUUCGCAGAUGUCCAGUCUCAGAUACAGAAGAUAUGUGAUGAAAUUGCUGGGACUACCGAGCAUGUUGGGACCCCUGCAGUUGAUGAGUCUGAUCUAUCUCUAAAAAAAUUAGAUGAGUUCCGUGCCCAGCUUUUAGAACUGCAAACAGAAAAGAGUGAGAGACUCAAUAAGGUCCUUGAAUUUGUUAGCACUGUGCAUGAUCUUUGUGCUGUCCUUGGGAUGGACUUCUACGGUACUGUGACUGAAGUUCAUCCAAGCCUUAAAGACUCUGGUGGUGUGCAAUCUAAAAGCAUAAGCAAUGACACCUUAUCUCGGUUAUCUAAGACCGUGUUAUCCCUGCAAGAAGAUAAGCAAAAAAGGCUGCAUAAGCUUCAACGAUUGGCAACACAGCUAACUGAUCUUUGGAAUCUGAUGGAUACCUCAGCUGAAGAGCAAAGCUUGUUUAAUCAUGUUACAUGCAACAUAUCAGCUUCAGUUAAUGAGGUCACCAAUCCGGGAGCUCUUGCUCUGGAUCUGAUUGAGCAGGCCGAAGUGGAAGUUCAAAGACUCGAUCAACUAAAAGCUAGCAGGAUGAAGGAAAUUUCUUUCAAAAAGCAAGCUGAACUUGAAGAAAUAUAUGCUCGUGCUCAUGUAGAGGUUGAUACUGAGGCUGCUCGUGGGAAAAUUUUGGCCUUAAUUGAUUCUGGGAAUGUUGAGCCUUCCCAGUUACUAGCUGACAUGGACAAUCAGAUUGUAAAAGCAAAAGAGGUGGCUUCCAGCAGAAAAGACAUACUGGAUAAAGUGGAAAAAUGGAUGUCAGCUUGUGAAGAAGAGAGUUGGCUUGAAGACUAUAUGAUGGAUGACAACAGGUAUAACGCGAGCAGAGGUGCACACUUAAAUCUCAAGCGUGCUGAAAAAGCUCGGAUCUUGGUUAACAAAAUCCCAGCUCUUGUCGAAACAUUGGUUGCCAAGACACAUGCUUGGGAAGAAGAACAGGGGUUAACAUUCACUUAUGAUGGAGUUCCUCUACUUGAAAUGCUCGAUGAGUAUGCAAUGCUCAGGCAUGACAGAGAAGAAGAGAAAAGAAGGAUGAGGGAUCAGAAGAAGUUCCAUGAACAGAUGAACACAGAACAGGAGGCAAUUUUUGGUUCAAAGCCUAGCCCAGCACGGCCACUCAGCACAAAGAAGGUGAUGGCCCUACGUGCAAAUGGGAAUGCAACACCUAGCAGAAGAUUGUCAAGCGCCCAGCAAAACCUGUCAAGGUCCAUUAAUAAAGACAGGAAGAGGGACAUGAGGCCGGUUGCUCCUGUGAAUUAUGUUUCUCUAUUGAAAGAGGAUGCUACCUCCUGCAUUUCUGGCACCGAGCCCCUUCCAAGUACUCCUUAAUAGUUCAGCAUGUGAGAUAAAUAGGUUUAUAGUCCUGCGAUAACCAAUUGUUAUGGCUAGUUUAGUUGCUGUAGUGGAGGGACUCCUUGGGAUACAUAGUUAAACAGGUAGUGAUUGGGAGUAAAGAGACCGGGUUUACUUUAAUAUAUGGGAGAGAUUUUAUUCUCAUUUCUGUAGUCAGACCAGCACCUGGAUAUCUAUAUACUUAGCAUUUGCAGUUUAUGUCAAUGCAAUACAUGUCGGUUUGAUACUAAA